AUGAACCGCUCCUAUCCUGCUUCCGAAUAUUCGGGCAACGAUCAGUCCCGUUCCACAACCUCAUGUCCACCUACACCCGCUACAGAGACCAGCGACUUUGAUGCUGCCGUCUCGGAUGUCUCGCUCAGUGACAUUCUUCCCAUUCCUUCAAGAGACGAGUACGUGCUCGUCACUGGUGGAUUAGGUUUCAUCGGCAGCCACACAACCGUGGAGUUGCUAAAGGCUGGCUACAAUGUCAUCAUUGUGGACGAUCUAAGCAACAGCUACCGCCAUGUGCUCGACGGAAUUCACGAGGUUGCCCGUCUUCAUUAUGCUGCACAUGAGUGCGGCCAAUGUCCGGUAGUCGAGUAUCACAACAUCAACUACCGAGACCUACCAGCAAUGCAAAAUGUCCUUGAGCUUCACUCGUCCAUCGCACCGUCUCACAACGGGACAAAGAUCACCGACAUAGUCGGCGUCAUCCACUUUGCCGCUUACAAGACGGUCCAUGAGAGCAUAUGCCAGCCGUUGAAGUACUACAAGAACAACGUUAACGGCUUUGUCGAUCUGCUCGCCCUGCUCGAGGAAUUCUCCAUCAAGACAUUCAUCUUCUCUUCUUCUGCCGUUGUCUAUGGCUACCUAGGUCAAGCCGGCCGCACUCUUCUGGAGACGAACUGCCUGCAAUCUUGCGAGCAAGCGCUGGAGUCUGAAGAUAGCGAGCGUCAACCGCAGUCUGGCUGCGUUGAGAUCACCAACCCGUACGGCCGCUCAAAGUUCUUUGCCGAGGCCAUCCUCUCAGACCUGGUUGUUUCCGACCCGUCUUGGAACAUUGUUGUACUCCGUUAUUUCAACCCCAUCGGCUGCGAUUCGUCCGGUCUGCUCGCGGAGAAUCCCAAGGGCGAAUCGCUCAACCUGUUGCCACUGGUCACGCAGACCAUGACCGGCGCUCGUAAAGAGCUUCUGGUCUUUGGCGGCGACUGGAACACGCCCGAUGGCACAGCCAUGCGCGACUUUAUCCACGUCAGCGACCUGGCCCGGGGUCACACGGCCGCUCUGUCGGCCUGUCGAGAGGGCCGCCUCAAGGGCUCCUACCGCACCUUCAACCUGGGCGUCGGCAAAGGCUGUUCCAUUCUGGAAGUGAUCCGUGCCAUGGAGUCGGUUUCAGGACGCAAAAUUCCCUGGCAACUAGUUGACCGACGGCCGGGUGAUGUGGAGUCGUCCAUUGCAGCUGUCGGUCGUGCACAAGAGGAGCUCGGUUGGAAGGCCGAAAAAUCCCUCAGAGAUGCAUGCUGGGAUAUCUGUCAUUAUCUCAAUUUGAUUUAA